GCUUGUCUUUACAUGAACCAUUGUCAUUUGUUUCUCCUGCAAUGCGUGGCAUUCGAUUUAAAGGCAGCAGGAUCUGUCGGAUCGGAGAGAUUCAGAGAACUUCACUGACAAAAUAAAAAUAUAGUCAAUACACUCAAACCCGCAUUGUUUCUUUGCAAAUAGCGUAUGCUGGCGUCUUAGGACGACUUACUUUGCGCAAGCUGCGGUUCCUGGACUGCAUGCUGAACACACGCACGUAAGAGCGGCAGAAAAUUCACCGUCUCGCAUUUGAGUUUCUGUUGCCUCAAGAAAGCAUGAAAGUCUCCUUAGUCAUAAUCGCCUUUCUUUUCGUCGCGGUCAUAGUAGAAGAAGUGGAACUGAUUAAAGCAAAAAAGGAAGGAAGCCAACGUUUCAGGAAUGGUGGGAGAAAAUUUCGUCCAUUAAAAAAAAGACCAAGUCAUAAAGGGAAGCACAAUCACGGAAGUCAACACAAAAAGAGUCACGGGUCCAAUAAUGAUGGUGGCAACCAUGGGAAACCGCCACACAGUCCGGGUACUGAAGCGGCAGCGCCAGCUACUACGACGGCCUCUAAUACGGGUUCAUCUAUGGGUGAUGCGAAUGCUAAUAACAUGGGAGGGAUGGGAAUGAACCCUGGGAUGAUGGGCGGUAUGGGCAUGGGCGCAAUGGGCAUGGGCAUGCCCGGGAUGGGCAUGGGCUACGGUAUGAUGGGUGGAGGCGGAAGCAGUCUGAUGGAGAAAAUGAUGGCUGGAUCGAUGGCGACCACAGCGAUUGGCUCGUUGGCUGGUGUUGGUUCAAGCAUAGCAACUACGGUUAUAACAGCAAAUGCACUAAAUAAACUGAAUAAGGACGACGACGACGAUGGGCAUAAAGAGAAGAAAAAACACCAAAAAUAUGAGGACGACGACGACGACGAUAGGCAUAAAGAAAAGAAAAAACACCAAAAAUAUGACGGCGACGGAUUCGGCGAUUUGGACAGAGAAAAUAAAAAUAAUAAAGGAAAAGAUAGUGAGGAUGAAGAAGGCAAGAAAAACAGUGACGACCAAAAGAAACACGAAUCAAAAAGCGCGGAAGCAUCUGAAGCCAAAACCAAGGGCGAUACUUCUACCAAAGACAAAAAAUCAGAUUCUGAAAAGGAGAAGGAAGAAGACGGCAAAAGUAGUGCAAAAGACAAGAAAAAAGACGAGGAUUCUGAAAAGGAGAAGGAAGAAGUCGGCAAAAGUAGUGCGAAAGACAAGAAAAAAGACGAGGGAUCUGAAAAAGAGAAGAAAGAAGAAGGAGAAAAUGAUAAAGAUUCCAAGAAAAAGAAGAGCGGAGAAAAGAAGAAAAACGGAAACGAUGACGAUGAGUAGACUACGAGUGAGUAUACAUUACGACGCGCCAUAUGUCUAUGGAAUGCCUUCCGAAGCAGUGUCAUACGUUGAGGAUGUUGUGCUAUUGCGGCUGUUCCUACGACUGGAAGUAAACAUUUUUCGCCCAUAUCAAUCGAACACAGCCGGUAAAAGCUGUUUCUUUUUGCCAAUAAAGUUUCAUUAAAUUCUUCAACGCUA